UAAAUGUGAAUGAUAUAUAUAUUUUAAAUAGUUAAUAGUUAUAUAAUUCAAUAUAAGGGGAAGUGUAGAUUAUUUUACCCCCAAAAUGUUGAGACAUUUUAUAAUUUUUGUUGCCGUUGGUGACUUUUUUGCAAUCGGUAUGUACGUUAUAAAUCCAGGACCCCUUUAUCCUCCGACAAAAGGAGAGGUGUGGCCUAAACCUCAAUUUGAGAAAAAAGAAUACACAUAUUUUACACAUAAUUCCUCAUUUAUUAUUACGCCAACAAACUAUACUUGUGAAAUAUUGGAUAAAGCAAUAGAGAGAUAUGCAUUCACCGUUAGAACAUUCCACGGUAUAGCACGGCGAUUUAAGAAAAAUCGGCAACAUAUACAUAAACAAAUUCUAGAAACGUCUACAGUAAACAAUGGUCAUGAUAAUCAUAAGUUGGAGAGAUUGGAAAUAGUUUUAACUUCACCAUGCGAAGACUUGCCGCAUUUGGAUAUGGAUGAAAAAUAUGAACUGAUCAUAGACAGAAUAUCAAUAUUAAAAACGGAUUCUAUAUGGGGUGCUCUAAGAGGACUGGAAACAUGGUCGCAGCUCUUUUAUCUAACCGAUGAUUACAAUCAACUUCGAAUUAAUAAAACCCAUAUUAUAGACUUCCCCCGGUACAAUCAUCGUGGUCUUCUGUUGGACACCUCGCGGCAUUAUAUAUCAGUUUCGAAUAUUCUGAAGACAUUAAAUGCUAUGACAAUGAAUAAACUAAACGUUUUCCACUGGCAUAUAGUAGAUGAUCAAAGUUUUCCGUACCAAAGCAAGAAGUUUCCAGAUUUGAGUGCUUUUGGUGCGUACCAUUCUUCUAUGAUCUACACACAUGAAGAUAUCCAAAAGAUCUUAAAAUACGCUACAGAACGAGGGAUACGAGUUCUACCAGAAUUCGACGUACCAGGCCACACUCGCUCAUGGGGUGUAGCAUACCCUGACAUCUUGACAAAAUGUUACAACAAAAAGAAAGUUAUAGGUUUAGGACCCAUGAAUCCCAUCAACAAUGCCACGUAUGCAUUGCUAGAAUCUCUGUUCGGAGAGGUCCAGGAAUGGUUCCCUGACAAAUAUUUGCAUGUCGGCGGUGAUGAAGUGGAGUUGAAUUGCUGGAAUUCAAAUCCUGAGCUUAUGGAUUAUAUGGUCAAACAUAACCUGACUACAACUCAACUACAUGGGCUCUUUAUGCAAAACGUUAUACCAUUAUUGCAGAACAAAUCUAUUCCCAUCGUGUGGCAGGAAGUAUUUGAUGAAGGUGUUCCGUUGUCGAGAAAUACUAUUAUUCAAGUUUGGAAAUCGCAAUGGAUUCCUACUAUGAUUCAGGUACUUCAACAUGGAUACCGACUCAUAUUUUCUGCUAGUUGGUACCUUGACCAUUUAAAGACCGGCGGGGAUUGGACGGACUUUUAUACAGCGGACCCAAGAUCUAUGGUUUACAACGCCACGAAUAACAGCUCCUUGCUGCAUAACAUCAUAGGCGGAGAAGCGUGCAUGUGGGGAGAGGUCGUUGAUGAUGUUAACGUCCUUAGCAGAGUGUGGCCACGAGCUAGUGCGGUAGCGGAACGACUGUGGAGUAAUAUUCCUGUAGCUGGUUAUAGAGCUAGAACGGAUGCUUUAGACAGCGCUCGUCAUCGUCUAGAGGAGCACACGUGUCGUAUGAAUCGGAGAGGAAUAGCGGCACAGCCACCAAACGGGCCCAGUGUUUGUGUCACAAACAAACAUUAACACUUUUUUUUAUUUUAACUAUAUCAAUAAUAUAGUAUAGUGUUACAAUAAAUAAU